AUGAGCAAAUCACAGAAACCACAACAACCAGAACUCCAAUCAUCAUCACGCAAACGCCGUCGCGUGGAAGCUAAAGUUUGGUUUCCAACUGAGGAAGUGAUCGAAAGGUCUCCUUCCCUCAACAUCACAGAAGACGAAUGGGACAAUCUCUGGUAUGAAAAGGAUGAUAUUGGUAUCUUUCGACAGGAUGCCAUCCAUUACAUUUCCGGCAAACCAGUGACCGAAACCCGCGGUCUGGAACGAUUUCAACCAGCACGGGCUCAGGAAAAAUCAGAAGCCCGAAGGUGCACGAUCAAGGCCUACCGCAAAGGAAUCAGAGGAGAUAAAUUGGCCGAGGUUGUUCAAAUAUUUACUUCCAAUGCCCGAAGUGAAGCCUUUGUGACAGGCUGCAGCGAUUAUGCGGAAGUCUAUCAUCCCGAAAUGAAAGAGGCAUUGGUUGGUUUGGAAACAAAAUUCCACAAACAACAAGACGAAACAGACUCUAAACAGGACUAG